AUGUCCCAGUACCAGAAACAGCAGAUACAAGCACAUUGGGAGUACCAGGAAAACAAACAGAGUCCUUCCUCUCAGCCCGAUUUAGCCCUCCAACUCUUUUAUUCUCUAAGGAAGGCCAGGCGGGAACAGCACCUGGUCAGCAAGAGACUGCUGAGGGACAGUGACCUAGAAGAAGCCAGAGAUGAGUUUCCAAACAGGCCCCUGGAAGAACUGGAGGUGCUACACUUACUGAGGAUGUCUCAGCGGGGAACUGAAAAGGAGAAAGAGAAGGCAUUAAUCAGCCUCCGGCAUAGCCUGCAGCAUCCUGAGACCCAGCAGACUUUUAUCCGGCUUGAAGGCAGUAUUCGAACACUAAUUGGACUCUUGACAAGCAACUGGGCCUCACUUCAGAUGGAGGCAGCUCGGUGUCUGCAUGAGCUCUCCCAUGCUGACCAGCCCAAUGUGGCGGAAGCCUGCCUGCCGUCCACAUCCUACCUCCUCACCUACCUUUCUGGGCACAGUGCUGACUUCAUAGUCAGACACCUAGUGAUGGAAUUUGGAUCCAAGGGCCUGGUUCCAGACUCAUGUCUGUCAAUCCACUGCUCAGAUGCCUGAAACCCUGUCUCCCACUGCCAUUCCACUACAGGACCUAGUAUCAGAAUCAAUGACUCUUGGACCCACAUUAUGUCACAUGUCCUUUAUAAGUCAUAUUAUUAGCAUUAACUAAAAGGCUGGUAUAAAGAAUGAGUAGGUACUGAACCCUAGCUUCUGAUUUCCCGGUACUCUGGAAUGAACAACUCUGCCAAUGUGUCCAGUCUGAUGUUAAUCCCUCAGGGGCAUGGGCAGGGCCCUGGGGGUGGCCAGUGUUCACUUGUUGAAAUGUAGAAUUCCUGGGCUCAGAUUUAUUGAUAAAA